AUGUAUACCCACCGCCGCAACCGUCACCCUCAACUCUCGUCUCCGGCCCGCAGCCCAUUUCCACCGUCGCAGGGCUCACCCUUCUUUGGCAACAUACCUCAUCCUUCAAACUCCCACUAUGAGGAACAAGAGACGUUCGAAGAUCCUCGAUGCGAUUACCUGGGCUACGCAGCGCCAAGAUAUGACAGAGACAACAGCGAUGACGAGCACAGUCACAGCACGCAGUCAUACAUCCACUGGCCUCCCGGCCCCUCGUACUGGGAGACCACACAACGCGCUCGUCUCCCAGCCCAUUAUCUACCCUCUCCAUGGAGAGACGCCCAUAGGUCCAGACUACGCCCCGAGAGAGAAGAACCAACAGAGACGUCAUUCGAUAUCAUCCCAAGCAUCGAGAACGACGAGCAGCCCUCGCCAGUCUUCCCCGAAACCCAGUGGCGACGACUCCAUAACCCCGGAACUCCAUCGCCACCGCCACCCCCGGAACCACAUCCCCGACUACGUCCGCUCAACACCCGGAUCAUCCCCCCUCACCUCUCCAUUCCUAUCCUCAUCUUCAGAGGACAUGAACGACCGCAGCGCAACAGCUCGACCCCCGACGCCACCCCUGCGCCGACAACAGGCUCCGUCUCCAUCGCCACCUCCGCCCUCAGUACACGCUCAUCUACCCGCCUUGCCGUUCCGCCUCAGUCGUCAGGCAGGCAACCCGCACCUUCGGGCCAGGAUACUGACCCCUCCCGCUUUACAGGCCUCGCGGGUUGA